UACCCAAAGGCGUCAAACAGAAAAGUAUAACCUAAACGGGAUUAGCGCCAUCGCGUCGCGUAUCAUCUCUUAUCAACCUUCAUCAUAUCCUCCAUCAAGACUUCCUUUCCACCAAAACUAGCAGGACAUAAAGUCCUAGCCCUCCAACCUCAACAUACCAAAUCCCAAUCGCAAAAGAGGGCCCAAUCAACCCAACCAUCCUCAACGUCAACCCCAACCAAACCACCACUAAACACCACUAAACACCCCAUUCCAAACGAACCCCAAAGACGAACCGUCAGAGACAUCAACAAGCAGCCCAAGACCGAGACAAAGAAAAAAAAAUGCCAAGCUCAAUCCCAAACCCCCGAUCCCGCCACAGCACAACCCAUCCCCCCUCCACCCGCCGCCCCAGACCCCAAGCCCAACGCGAACGAUCCCAAACCCCCCCACUCCCAGCCUACGAACCACCACUCACACCGCUCCAUCCGACCGGCCAAGCCGCGCUCCUAUCACUCCUUAAAUCGCAGUCCCUCCGACAAUUGAAAACGCAUAUACAACACGCGGAGGAGAAACUGACGGAUUCGGCGGGCGAGGUUAAUGAGCGGCUUACUGAGGCGAGGGCGCGCUUGAAGAGGAAGCGGGAGGUAAAUAAGGUGGAUGAGGAGGGUGGGGAGGACGAAGAGGAGCGGUUGAAGAGGUUUGGGGAGGAGGUGGGGGGGCUUACGGAGAGGUUGGAGGAGAGGAUGCGCGGGGUGAUUGAUGGGGAGUGGAGGGUUGAUGGGUUGGUGGGCUGUUUAGGGGAGAUGGAGAGGGAGGUUGAGGCUGCUAGUGCUGUGCCGAGGCGGAGAAGGGAGAGGCGGAGGAGGAGAGAGGAGGAUGGGGAUGGGGAUGAUGGGGAUGAUGGGGAUGAUGGGGAUGAUGAGGAUUAUGAGGAGGAAGAGGGACGCGGAGAAAUGCUGCCGACGAAGAUGUUGGAUGAGGUGCUUGGGGAGAAGUAUGCUGAGUGGGAUGGGCUUUCGUUGACGCAGCGGUAUUCUGCUAACAAUGCUUAUAUUGGCUUCUAUCGGAUUAUCCAUGAGGCGAAGCAUCCCGGCGACGAUAUUCCUCCCCUGCCUCAUGCUUCGACUUGGUUCUCGCAUAUGGAAGAACCGGCCUCGGCCUCAACGCAAGCGACUGAUUCUGCAGCCCGGCGGACUCGACGUCGGAAGUCUCCCUCCCCAGCGGACUCGGAUGAAAUCGCCAUCGAAAGCGAGCGCAUCUCGCUUAAAUGUCCUCUUACUUUGCUCUAUUUCAAGGACCCUGUCACAAGUACCAAAUGCCCGCAUAGUUUUGAGCGCGAACCCAUUGAAGAAAUGAUUGCGCAAAGCCCGACGACUGUUCCCGCGCCACAGUCGGCGGGAGCCGCCGGCCGCAGCGCGCGCCGUGUUCGCUCCGCCAAGUGCCCGGUGUGCUCAGUUGUCUUGACUGCGGCUGAUCUCCGGCCGGAUCCUGUUCUGGUUAGAAGAGUUCGUCGGCAUCAACAGGCGUUAGAGCGGGAAGCAGAGGAAGACGAGCUAUCGGUUGGGGCGAGAAGGAGACUCUCUGGAGUCCGGAAAGGCGGCAUCACACUCGCUAGCGAUGAUAGCAGUGAGGAUGGGGAUGAAGAUGAGGUGGAUGUUGAUUCGCAUGAUCAGCAUGGUGGUCAUAAUUCCGGAACCCAAUAUCCUGUUCGAAUUAAGCAGGAGAUGAGCACAGCUCCUGUAGAUGACGAUUAGCCGAUAAUUAUUUCGACUAGCGGGUUUAUAAGUCUAAUAGAUAUCGGACAGCGUUGAUCGGGGUUAUGUCAAACC